AAGUCAAUCACAAACAAAGGGAAGGAGGGGUGCACGACCUUAUCAUGGAAAGACUCCCCUAGACACGGAGAAAUCCAGUAAAUAGAGAGAAAAGGCCGGGACCCGGCAGCGCGGGCCGACGCAGACAGGCAGGGCUUACGGACGCGCGCGCGCCGGGGGGUCGCGGCGGGAAGCCGAGGGGCGGCUCUACGCCCCCAGCCCCGCCCCGCCUGGGGCGGCCCCUCCCCCAGCCCGGGCUCGCUGCGCCGCGGGGGCCCGAGGGGGGCGACCCAGGCUAACGACAGGCAUCUCCCAGGCGACCGGCUCCGCUUCAAGAUGGCGGAAGAUAAAGACAGGGAAGAGUUAGCACUAGCAGAAUUCCACAAAAAAAUCAAAGAGGCAUUUGAAGUGUUUGACCAUGAGUCGAAUAAUACAGUGGAUGUGAGAGAAAUUGGAACAAUUAUCAGGUCAUUAGGAUGCUGCCCUAGUGAAGGAGAGCUACAUGAUCUGCUUGCAGAGGUAGAAGAAGAAGAACCCACUGGAUACAUUCGAUAUGAAAAAUUUCUUCCAGUGAUGACCAAAGUACUUCAAGAAAGAAGGUAUAGACCAAUUCCAGAAGAUGUCCUCCUUCGAGCUUUUGAGGUUUUAGAUUCUGCUAAACAUGGGUUUCUUACUAAGGAAGAACUUGUCAAGUAUAUGACUGAAGAAGGUGAGCCUUUCUCUCAAGAAGAAAUGGAAGAAAUGUUGUCUGCUGCAAUUGAUCCAGAAUCAAAUUCAAUUAAUUACAAGGAGUAUAUAACAAUGAUGGUGAUAGAUGAAAAUUAAAUGUUCUAAAACCUUAAUUUCUAAUUGAAAGGAUAGUUAGAAAAUGACUUGUCCUUUUUAAUUUUGCAUUUUAUUUUGUAAUUCUUUUGUCUGAUAUUCAAUGUCUAUGACAUGAUUAUUUUAACAUAUUUUGUUUUCUAAAGAUGACCAUAACAAAAAAUUAUUUUUCAGUACUGGGAAUAGAACCCACUGAGCUCCCCUAACCCUUUUUACUUUUUCAUUUUGAGGCAGGGACUCACUAAGUUGCAUAGACUGGCCUCAAACUUGGAAUUGUCCUGCCUCAGACUCACACAUGUACCUGCUUACCUGGCUGAUCAUAAUAAUUUUAAACAUAAAUGUAUUUAGAAUGUCCAGAAUUAUGGAAUGACAAAUUGCUACUUACUUAAAAACUAAUCUUAAAACAAUUUAAUAUUAAAAUGGAUUAUUGUUUAUUUUCUACAAUAAACAUGUUACCUUGUAAUUAAUUAAACUGAGAAAAUUAAGAAUGACUAUAAUGAGCCUAGGAUUGGCAUAUAAAGAUCUCACGAGAAGGCAGAAUGACCACAAACUGAAAAUGAGUGGCUGUAUGAUGAGGGCUUCUUUUUAAAGAGCAGUAAACACUUCAGUAAUCUGAAUGUGAAAGGUGAGUUAUUGAAAUGACUAUUAAUAAUUAAUUCUUUAUGAGUGCCAAUUCCAAAUCUCAUUUGAGAUUGUGAAAGAGAUUUAUUUAGCUCACAGUUCUAAAGGUUCAGUGUCCAAAUAGCAUUGCACAAGUUCAGCAAGGGCCAGCACUUGGAUGCACUGCUGUCAUGGUGCAGAUAGCAGUGACAAGAAGAUGCAUUGGAGUAAGCAGUCAUGUCUCAAACCAAGAGCAGAGAAAAUAAGAGGGGCCAGUCUUGCUCCUUUUACAACAACCCUUUCACAAGAACUACCUUCAAAGACCAUGUGCCUAAUGUCCAAAGGAUCUCCGACAAGCCUCCACUUUCUAAUGGCUCUAUCACUUUCCUACAGCUUCACCCUGGGGACCAAACUGCCAAAACAUGAACCCUUGGGUGUGGUGGGUGGAGACACACACAUGAAACCAUAUCCAAACCACAGCACUGAAUAAGAAUAUUGAGAAAUUUUAUGAUGUGCAAGAGGUAUAGCUGUUAAAAGAGCAAAAUAAAGUUAUCUGAGCACAGGAGUUACAAUGGAAAAAUACACAGGGAUUUACAAGUAAAGAAGAAAAUAAGAUAAAGAAAAAUAAUACUCCAUACUCCAUGUAUUCUUUCAUAAGAACAAAUAUAUACACAGGGCUCUCCAUUUAAAGAUGACUUCACCACUGCUAUAGUUUGGAUCUGGAAUGUUCCCCAAAGGCCCAUGUGUUAAAGCCCCAGAGGGGUACUAUUGGAAGAUGGUUGAACCUUUAGGAGGUAGAUCCUAGUGGGAGGUCUUAGGUCACUGGGGUUGUGCGCUCAAAGAAGAUAAAAUCCAUCCCCUUCCCCUUCUCUUUUUGCUUCUUAGUUGCCACGGGAUGAGUAGUUUUCCUCUGUCAUGUGCUCCCACCAUGUUGUGCAACCUCACCACUGGCUCAAAAGCAAUAGGGCCAACUGACCACAGACUGAAACACCAUGAGUCAAAAUAAACCUUUCUUCUUUCUAUCUCAGAUAUUUUGUUACAGUGACAGAUAACUGAUUAAUGCAAACACUACUUGUGUGUUUAUACAUAUAAAUAUGCAAGGUUACUUGUGAUUCUUCCUCAUACACAUGAAGUCUUGUCUCCAAGAGAGGGAGCUGCUCCCCAAGAAACUAUUUAUCAUUGUUCAUUCAUUCAUGAAACAUUUAUUGAGUAUCAUUAGAUAAUGUGCUAGGAACUGGAGAUGAAAGAUGAAUAAGUCCCUAACUAAUCAAGGUCAUAGUUUGGUGAAGGAGACUUGCAAGUCAGUUAUUAAUCAUAUAUCAGAUAGUAGCAGCACAUUUAGGAUCCUGUGCAAGUGCAUAAGAGAGGUAUCUAACUCUGCCCAGGGUAGUGGGGGACAGCUUUCUGGAAGAUAGGGGGUGCUGGUUGGUAAAGAAGGCUCUGCAGAACAGUAACCCAUGACUUGAAAACUUAGUAGUUUUUUGGCUGUGCACAGUGGCACAUGCCUGUAAAACCAGCAGCUUGGAGGAUUGAGGCAGGAGGAUCACAGCCAGCCUCAGCAACUUAGCGAGGCCUUAAGCAACUUGGCGAGAUCCUGUCUCUAAGUAAAAUAUAUAUUUUAAAAAAGGACUGGGGAUGUGGCUCAGUGGAUAAGCACCCCUGGGUUCAAUCCCUGAUACCAAAAACAAAAACAAGAAAACAAUCUUAGUAGUUUUUUUACUUAGUAGUUUACUAAGUGGGCAGCAGGGCACAGAGCAUGUUGGCAGGGGACCAUCAGGCACAAAACCCUGAAGGUCAUGAAAUAUGGAACAAUCUGAGAAGUGACUGGUCUGGUAUGUUUGGCAUGUUGAUUUGGGAGACUUGGAGUGGAGACAGGAGCUAUGUUUUAAAGGAUAUUGGGUUAAGGGUAGAGUUAAGGUUUUAGUGUUAGAGUUUGAACAUUAUUCUGAAGAUCAAAGAGAAAGUAUCAAUCAUUAAUAACCUGGAAAAUAAAUUUGAUGGGUCAAGACCAGAAACGAGGAGACCGAUUAGUAGGCUAUUUAGUUCAAGUGAAGAGAUGGACUGGGAAAAGUCAAGCAUGAGGCUCAAGUUUCUGGCUCAAACAAUAUGUAAUACUGCCAUUUGUUCAGAUACGAAAUCCAAAGAGGUCUGGGGAUAUGGCUCAGUUGGUAGAGUGCUUGCCUUGCAAGCAUAAGGCCCUGGCCUCAAUCCCCAGUACCGGAAAAAAAAAAAAAAAAAAAAGAAAUCCAAAGAGCAAAUGGGGGUUUGGGAGGCAAAUGGUGAGUUUGGCUGUGGACAUCCUUGGAUUGAGGUACCACUUUACAAAGAUGGUAACGAAGAAGUUAAAAGAAUUGUAUUAAUCAGCUUUUUCUAGGUGAAGUUGUGAUAACUACUAAAUCUCAGCAGUUUGCGAAAAUGAAAGUCAUAUUUUGUCCCUGUUUUAUGUUAACUGGCACCCGCUUCAUGUGUCUUAUUUUCCUCUCCUUCUUUGUAAGUAGAAUGACUGUAUGACCCCCAUUGUCUAAUAGUCCCAACCUGCACUUUCUGUCCCAGCAUCAUCACUAUUAGAUUUCCCCUUUACUCUUAGGAAUGUUCUAAUUUAAAUGAUUCCCAGGGACCAAUCAUUUGUCAGGCUGGUGCUAACAUGGCAAUAAAGCCUGCAACUAGUGCCUAAUCCAUAAUCCCAGGCAUGAACUUGUUUGGAGCAUACAAAUUGCCUUUCAUAAGCCCAUUACUGGCUGUGCCAAAGAAAUAGUAUGGUGAAUGAACCCCAGCUUUUUGAUAAGCAGUGUUGUCACGGCUUCUCUCUAAGGAGAGGCUCACAUGCAGAAGGUGAUAUAGGAAGGAUGCCUCAGGAUGACUACCCCCCGGUCUCACCUAGAAUUAUUCCAAAAGUUCUGACUGAUGUCAGGCCCUGCACUUGGUCUCAAGGGCAUCCUCUCUGUUUAGUGGUCAUAGAGUUGGCUUUAUGAAAUGUAACUAAUUUUUAUCAGCAGCAGCAAUUUGUGUGGUUUUUUUAAAGGCCACCAAAGAGUACAACAUAGGCUUCCCUUAGAAAUUGCAUUUUAUGCAAAUUAAAACAACUCCGGAUUUCAUCUUAUUCCAAUUAGAAUGGCUUUUAUCAAGAACAAAACAAUAAUAGAUGUUGGCGUGGAUGUGGGGAAAAAGGCACACUUUUACAUUGCUGGUG